AUGCUGUUGGCAGGAAACGACGCCGACCUCCCGGUUGGGCACACGAACGCGUGCACCGCUGCUCUAUGCAACAGCAACGUUGGUACCGCCACCAAUACGAAGUCGUCGGAGGCGCUGGCGGUUGAAGAAGCGCUUGCACGAGCAGCGGAGCGGACGGCGGUUGCUGCUGCUGCUGCUGGAAGCACCGGCGCUGCUGUCGCAAGAGCUAGUCCAGUGGAGAAGCGGGGCGGGGGGGGGGAAUGGACAGAGGCGAUAGAACAGCUGGAAAAGGAAAGGGGCGGAGGGCAGACACCGAGCUUGGGUGCGUUUGAGAGAGCGAUACAGGCCUUGGGAGCAGGUAGAAAGUGGGCGGAGGCCGUGGGGUUGAUGAGCGAAGUCGAGGAGGCAGGAAUGGUACCGGGCGAGGAUACCUACAGCGGAGUGAUCAGAGACUGCUGCAAGAGUGGGCGGAUAGAGGAGGCAACACGCAUGCUGGACGCCAUGAUCUCCAAGGGCUACAAACCUCCCCAGGGGGUGGUCAACACCGUGCUGGACACGUGCACCACGCGCAAAAACACGCGAAAAGUGACGAAGGUGUUGCUAGCGAUGAGAGCCCAAGGGCUGGACGUCGAUGACGCCACGUACCGGAAAGCGAUGAAGGCGUGCGCGAUGGCCAACGAUCCGACGCAGGUUGUCGGCGUGUGGGAACUGUUCGUCGGCAAGGGGAGAGUCGUGACAGACGUUGCUGCCGCAGAGGUCAGCAGGGUCGCAAGGGCCAUGGGCUCGCUAGGGGACUGGAAGGGUAUCAUUGGUCUCCUGGGAACCAAGUCGACGGCCGGUGGAGGGGCCCUCCCUGAUCUGGACCGACUUAGCUACAAUUGGCUAGUGUCGGCGCACGCGCAGCUAGGAGACGCAAAAGCGGUGCUGGCUACCAUCGAGGACAUGGGUCGGAAUGGGCACCCUGCAGAUGCCGAUACUUACUCCCUGGCGUUCAAGGCCUUCGUCAAGAGCCGAGGGCGGCACUGGGGUGCAGCGUUAGACGUCUUCCGGGCGAUGCAGUCUUCGUCGGCAGAGACGACGCCAAGGAGGGUUGGUGGUUGCGUUGUCGAGGGGGAAGGGGUAGGCGUGGCUGAGGUAGAAGCUUCGGCGGAAGUCUCGAGCGAGCUUUUGAGCACCGAUGUUUGGUGCAAAACCGUCACCACGGUUGCGCAGGGAUCUCCACCGAGGAAGACGUUGUCGGCGGCGCUGUCUUUGAUGGAAGAGGCACAGCAGGCGGGGGUAGAGGUGGAUGCAGCCACAACGGAUGCUGUCCUCACGGCCCUGGGAAAGGCUAAGGGGAAAGACGAGAAGCUGCUGGCGCUCUUCCGGCAGGCGGAAGAGAGAGGGUUGAGGCUCAAGCGCCAGAGCUACGCCUGGGCGGUGGUGGCGUACAAGAGGUGCGGCAAGGCCAAGGAGGCUCUCGACUCCGCCUUGUCUUUUUCGGAGCGAGGGAUCGUGAUGCCUGUCGUCGGGUGGAACGCAGCCAUGCACGCCGCGAGCGUCACUGGGGAGCCGGGCAAGGCGCUUGAGCUUCUGGAGGAGGCCAAGUCCAAGGGUGUUAAGCCGACGGAAGUGACGUACGCCACGGCCAUCGGUGCCUGCGCUAAGGCCACCACGAACGUCAAAGCCAAUGCUCGAAAGGCCGUGUUACUGUUGGAAGAGAUGGAAGCGGCGGGAUUAGAACCAUACCCUCCGGCGCACCAGGCGGCGCUCACCGUACUGGCGGCCUCGGAAGGGCACAGGGCUGCCAUGGACCUCCUCGCCAAGAUGCGGGAAAAUGGGACACGCUUGACGUCAGCGAGCUACAGCCCUGCCCUGAAAUCAGCAGCCCAGGUCGGAGAUUGGCGGAACGCGAUCGCCCUGAUAGACGUCAUGACCAGGGCCAGCGUCACCGACAAGGACGCCGGGCCCGACGUGGUCUGCUUCAACUAUGCCAUGACUGCCUGCGCGAAAGCGGGAGAGUGCGAGCUUGCUCACAGGGUCUUGAGCCGCAUCCAAGCGUGUGGUCUUGCUGCGAACCUGGUGUCGUACGGGAUUUGUAUGGACGCCUACGCGAAGGCGGGACUGUGGGAAAAGGCGCUGGAACUCCUGGCGGAGGCCCGAUCGCAAGGCCUCUCCCCGAACAUCGUGACCUUCACCACGGCCGUUCGAGGCCUGGCUUGCAACGACUGGGACAAGGCGGAAGAGAUCCUGUCGAUGAUGAAGUCCCGCGCUAUCAAGCCCAACGAGGUUACCUACACCGAGCUCAUCAGCAUCUGCGGCAGGUCGGGAGACGUCCACCAAGCCCUGGCACAGCUGGAAAGAGCCCGUCGCAACGGGCUGUCGCCUAACCUCAUCAACUACAACGCCUGCGUAGACGUGUGCGCGAAGACGGGGGAGGUGGACAGAGCCUUGGCUCUUCUCGAACAGAUGCAGACGUCCGGGGACCCUGCACUCACGCCAGACCUCGUAACGUUCAACUCUGUGAUCAACGCCUGCGCCAAGGCGGGGGACUGGGCGCUGACCCUGUGGCUCUUCAGCGAGAUAAAGGCGGCGGGGCUCAAGGCCGACAUCCAGUCCUUCAACGCCGCCUUGGACGCCUGCACGAAGGGCUCCAAUCCCGAGGCCGCCCUGGCCCUGCUGAAGCGGAUGAAAUCGCAGGGCUUAGAGCCGGACGCCAUCUCUUACCAGUCGGCGAUCUUGGCGUGCCGGGCGGGAGGGGACGGCGCGAGCGCCGUGAUGCUCUUGAGAGACAUGGAACAGCAAGGGCUGGAACCGAGGGACGCCGACUACAACCUUGUCAUCGAGACGGUGGGGAGGGAGGGGGACUGGGCGGGCGCGCUGGAACUCCUGAAGAGCAUGAAGGCGGAGGGGAUAGCGGCGGAUGCCUACACGUACGGGGCCGCUGUUGGGGCCUGUGCAAAGGGGCGUAACCCUGACCUGGCCAGAGCGUUGCUGGAGGAGAUGAAGGACCUGGGGCUAACCCCGACCCGCUUCUGCUGGAACUCUAUCAUCAGCGUGCACUCAAGAACAGGAAACACAACAGCGGCUAUGACCUUGAUGGACGAGAUGAAGCAAAGCAUGCCAUGCGACGAGACCACCUUCUCCGCCAUGAUGCACGGGUGCGCCCAGACGCGCGACUGGGACGCGGCCGGGCGCCUGCUCGAGGAAAUGAACGCGGCGGGGCUCAAGCCGAACGACGCCUGCUACUACACCCUGCUCGUCGCCGCUUGCAGGGCCGGAGAGCUCAGGCUGGCCGAGGGGCUGAUCAAGGGCAUGCGCAAGGACGGCGCGGCGCCGGACUUGUAUUCGUACACCACCCUCUCGGCGGCCUGCGGGAGGUUUCACGAUUGGCGCAUGGCCCUGAGGCUAAUUGAGUCGAUGAAGAUCGACGGGAUUCCGGCGACGAAGAAGAUCUACGCCGCCGCCCUCGCGGCGUGCGGACGUGGGGAGGCGGAGAUCGCGGAGAUCUUGCUGGAGAUGAUGAGGAGUCAGGGAGUGGAACUGGACGACGUCGGCCGAUCACACGCUUUAGUGGCAUUCGGGAGGGGGGGCAGGCCGGAUAAAGCGCUUGUCCUCAUGGAUGACAUCAGGGAGAAAGGGCCACCGCCAAAUCUGCAAUGCUUCAACGGUGCAAUAGAAGCCUGUGCCCUAGCGGACGACAUCGAUGGAGGGAUCUCUCUCCUGGCCGAGAUGGGCCGCGCCGGCAUCGUUCCCAACGGUGUCAGCUUCCGGUCGCUCGUGAGUGCCUGCGAGCGCAAGGACAAGCCAGAUCUCAAGAAGGACCUUCGAGAGGCCAUGUCUAGGCUGGGAUUGAAGCCGUGAUGUGCUUGUUGUCCGGGUGCGUGCGUUGUAGUGCCAUCUAAGUGUUGUGGUCGGGCUGCUGAGGGAACGCUGAUAGUCGUGUGUGCGAUGUGUGUUCGGUGUUGCUACGUGCAGCUCCGUGAAGGUUGAAACAGCCAGGUUUUCCGCAAAAAUCAGGUUCAUGGUCGAAGGUCAUCGAGACGAGGUUCGUUAGUUUGUGUUGGGGACUUGCUCUAUAUGUGUGAGUAUCGUCGCGUUUGGAGUAUCAGCCGCGGGCAUACUGGUUGAAGGCCACAUGAUUUGUUGUGGUAUGCGUUGAACGAAAAAAAUCCUUCCACGGACAACUCCCCAGAGGCUUU